AUGAUCAUAUGGAGAAAUCUAUCUAUCUAUCUAUCUAUCUAUCUAUCUAUCUAUCUAUCUAUCUAUCUAUCUCAUCUCAGUUUGUACUUCUAUCUAUCUAUCUAUCUAUCUAUCUAUCUAUCACAACUCAUCUGUCUUCACAUCUAUCUAUCUAUCUAUCUAUCUCAUCUCAGUCUGUACAUCUAUCACACCUCAUCUCAGUCUGCAUAUAUCUAUCUAUCUAUCUAUCUAUCUAUCUAUCUAUCUAUCUAUCUAUCACAACUCAUCUAUCUAUCUAUCUAUCUAUCUAUCUAUCUAUCUAUCACAACUCAUCUGUCUUAUCUAUCUAUCUAUCUAUCUAUCUAUCUAUCUAUCUAUCUAUCUAUCACAACUCAUCUGUCUUCAUAUCUAUCUAUCUAUCUAUCUAUCUAUCUAUCUUUAAGUUUAUCUAAUCUCAUCUCAACUCAGGCUGCACAUCUAUCUAUCUAUCUAUCUAUCUAUCUAUCUCAUCUCAGUCUGUACAUCUAUCACACCUCAUCUCAGUCUGCAUAUCUAUCUAUCUAUCUAUCUAUCUAUCUAUCACAACUCAUCUAUCUAUCUAUCUAUCUAUCUAUCUAUCACAACUCAUCUGUCUUAUCUAUCUAUCUAUCACAACUCAUCUGUCUUCAUAUCUAUCUAUCUAUCUAUCUAUCUAUCUAUCUAUCUAUCUAUCUAUGUUUAAGUUUAUCUAAUCUCAUCUCAACUCAGGCUGCACAUCUAUCUAUCUAUCUAUCUAUCUAUCUAUCUAUCACAACCCAUCUAUCUAUCUAUCUAUCUAUCUAUCUAUCUAUCUAUCACAACUCAUCUGUCUUAUCUAUCUAUCUAUCUAUCACAACUCAUCUGUCUUCAUAUCUAUCUAUCUAUCUAUCUAUCUAUCUAUCUAUCUAUCUAUCUAUCUAUCUAUGUUUAAGUUUAUCUAAUCUCAUCUCAACUCAGGCUGCACAUCUAUCUAUCUAUCUAUCUAUCUAUCUAUCUAUCUAUCUAUCUAUCUAUCUCAGUCUGUACAUCUAUCACACCUCAUCUCAGUCUUCAUAUCUAUCUAUCUAUCUAUCUAUCUAUCUAUCUAUCUAUCUAUCUAUCAGGAGGAUCCUACGCUCGUAUCUAUCUCAGUCUGUAAAGAUAUCUAUCUAUCUAUCUAUCUAUCUAUCUAUCUAUCUAUCUAUCUAUCUAUCCCAGUCUGUGUAUGUAUCUAUCUAUCUAUCUAUCUAUCUAUCUAUAUAUCUCUUUGAAAGAACUUUAACAAAAAUAGCGGGGCUCCUUUUAGAGAAUUUUUUUUUCAUUUCUCUCUCUCUCUCUCUCUCUCUCUCUCUCUCUCUUUGUCACCAUUACAACCAGCGCCAUCUACCCAGUUACAAAAGAUAUCGGGAUCAACUGUGCCAAAUUCUUUCACUUUCUUUCUUAUAA